AUGGUACUUUGGAAAAUCCUGCUAAGUCAUGUUUGCAUAUCUUGAAAGGUGGCUAUUCUAAAGGUUCUAGGGAAUAUUGGUUAGAUCCACCAAAAACUGGAACACCGAUCCAAGUUCUUUGCGACAUGACAACCAAUGGAGGUGGAUGGACUGUGGUCACGAAGUUAGUCGUCCAGUCUAACAACACUAAAUUGCCUGAACACAAGCCAUCAACCUAUGAGGUCAUCAAAGAAUACAACAGAACAGACGUGAACGUCAUGCCUAUGGGUGCCGCCAUGUUGGAUAUCAAGAACAAGAUGGGAUUCAACCAGAUUCAUUUCUAUUGUCGCAAGGUAUCUGUCGGUAGAGUAGUGAGCAUCAUGACCAAAAACAACACCGCUGGACAUGAGGUAGUAAAGUUCUUUACAAACGCAGGUGUAGCCUCAGUACGCCCUGCGGCUUGUGGUUCGUUUGAUACACUGCCUGACGACACGUCAAUCCUUAGCGGAAAAUGCAGUGAAUGGGGUGAUACUCCGGCCAAUGAGUGGGGAGCAUCAUGCUGUAUGGGUCCCAUGAGACUACCUGCUMUGGCUUGUCACACAAGUCGAUCACACGGUUUCGAAUUUGUCGUUUAUUAUUCGUGCGACAAUGAAGUUCCGGAUGGCUCUAGUAAUGCAGUGCYACCCGAUGUGAAUGACACGUGGCAAAUAUCUGUACGCUGAUUAUAUAUCAAUUGAUCUAUUACUGUCACAGCUAGGGAUAAGAAAAAUAGUAUCAUUAAUCUCAGUCGAAAAUCACUAUUUUUGGUGUUGUUUUUGAUUCGGAAAGGAUGAAAUAUGAAAUGGGCUUUGCAAUAUCAAACUUAUCCCUAUACAUUCUGGACAAUAGUGCCUUUCACGGUUCCCUGUGCAUCUUGAAAGGUAGCCGUGCCUUUCACAUCGAAGCGAGACGAACGGUGAGCUUGCAAUG